AUGGAAAGAUUUUGGGUUUGUCUAGUUUUUUUAUUUAUAUUAACAGAAGUAUCAAGUCUUCAGUGCCAUAAAUGCCCACCUCACGAACAUCUCAGUGCCAAGGCCUGCCUCGCGGGACCACCCGAGGAAUGUCCAUCACACGAUACUGGAUGCUUCUUCGAGUAUGAUAAGAUGGACAUACGUUUAGGAUGCGGACGGGAUUGGGCCCAACCCUCGGGAUGUUACGGGACUGUUUGUAUCACAUGGUGUUAUGGCGACCUUUGUAAUAAGGACUUGUUAAGACAAGCUCCGUUUGAAACUGAUCUGGACGAUCUACCGAAAACAGACAGCCCUGGCAUUCUGCCUUAUGAUUGGCUUGACACACUAUUUGGUGCUGCUUCGAGUACGAAAUGUUCAAAUAGGGUGACAAUUCUGUUUAUUAUUGUCUCUGUAAUAGCAACUAUGUUCUUGUGCUAACUAUCCUAACGGCUCUGUAUUCUGACAAAAUAGAAUAGAAUAGAAUAUCCUGAUAACUGUUGACAACAAUUUUCACAAGUCUUUACUGAUCAUGUAUCAGCCAUGUUACAGUCGAUGAACAUGCAGUACUGAUAAAGCUGCCUGUAGCUGAACAGACUUGAAAUAGCGCUGCCGAGGAAGAAAGCAAGCAUGGGUUUAUUGCACUGAAAAAGUCUUUUCUUUCGAGAAAAACUAGCUUGACAGAACAAAAGAUAAUUUACAUGAUCCCUAAGUGUAUAAUUGACCUGGAGUAGGCCUUGCACUGUUCAUUGUUAUCUACAUCAGUUCUUUAAGAAUACUAAUUCUGAGCCGCGUUGGAGCGUAUAAAGCAUGUAUGUACUAUUAAAUCUAUACAAGUUAAAA